UAUAAAUUAAAUGUAUGUACUUAAGUACAGUCAAUUGAGUUGAUUAGAAAUUAUAUUUGCCUUUCUCUGCCAGUUUUUCCUACUUUUGGCCAAGUAAAAUGGUACGGAGACCUCGGUGAUCGUUUGGUGAGGUCUGUUUUAGAAGGAAAAUGGCAGCCUCUUUUUACAUUUUCUUCUCAUUUCCCUUUGACUGCGCUGUUGGAUCACAUUUAAAUGACUAGCUAGUAGCUACAACAACAUGUAUCAUCCUAGCUAGAUACAAUGUAGCAAGAGAAUCUCUGUCAAUGUCCAGCUAAACUGUAACGGCUAACGGUUCAGUCAUAGAUUGGUCGUUGAUGCUAACCAAAACAAUACCAGGCAGUCACCUCUGCCAACUAUUUGCGAAGAAGAGGUCUUAACUGAGUGUCGGUGCUCCUUUCUCUGUUUCCCCCCAUAACUGUGCCAUGUAGAAGGCAGUGAUUCACCCUUAAAUUUUUGCAAAUGAAAAUGGAGGAUAUGUCUCUGUCGGGCCUGGACAACACCAAGCAAGAGGCCUUGGCUCAGGACAUCUACUCGGACCUGGUGGAGGACGCCUGUUUGGGCCUGUGUUUCGAAGUGCAUCGUGCUGUCAAACAGGGCUACUUCUUCCUGGAUGACACUGACCAAGAGAGCAUGAAGGACUUCGUAGAAAUCGUUGACCAACCAGGAGUGGAUAUUUUCGGGCAAGUAUACAAUCAGUGGAAGAACAAGGAGUGUGUGUGUCCCAACUGCAACCGGAGCAUUGCUGCAUCCCGCUUUGCACCUCAUCUGGAGAAAUGCCUGGGCAUGGGGCGCAACAGCAGCCGCAUCGCCAACCGCAGAAUAGCAAGCAGUAACAACAUGAACAACAAAUCGGAGAGUGAUCAGGAAGACAAUGAUGACGUCAAUGAUAAUGACUGGUCGUAUGGCUCAGAAAAAAAAGCUAAGAAGAGAAAGUCAGAUAAGAAUCCAAAUUCACCCAGAAGAUCAAAAUCUCUAAAGCAUAAAAAUGGGGAGCUUAGUAGUAGUGUCAAUGCAGAUCCAUACAAGUACAACUAUAACACUGGCAUCAAUUACGAAACUUUAGGCCCUGAUGAACUGAGGUCUCUGUUGACAACACAAUGUGGAGUGAUCUCGGAGCACACCAAGAAGAUGUGCACCAGGUCCCAGCGGUGCCCCCAGCACACGGACGAACAGAGGAGGGCCGUCAGGGUGUUCCUCCUGGGGCCGUCCGCGUUGUCUCUGCCCGAUGCAGACACGAUGGUGGAGAGUGACUGCUACGACGUCUCAGACGGACAGGUUCUCAUGAGUCGCCUACAGUGGGACGGAUCCUCAGACAUCUCCCCCUCCGAUUCAGCCUCCUCCAAAGCUAGCACCAACAACUCAGACUCCAAGAAGCCCAAGAAGAAGAAGAAGACGUCUCUUGGCCUAAACAGCACAGGAGGAGGAGGAGGGGGCGGCAGUGGGAGUGGAGGGGGCGGCAGCUCCCAGAGUAGUCUAGUAGGCCUAUCCAACAGAAAGAAGAAGCCCAAGCUUCCUGUUCCCCCUGCCCCCAGUAUCUAUGACAACCUCAACUAGGGUAGUCCUAGUCUGCCCCCCCCACACCAUACCCAGGAAGGUGACUGGAUGGUGACAUGGACUUCUGAGCCAAACUUCAUCCAGUUACCCAGCUCCCCCAGCCUGUCAAGUCAUGGUCUCCUACCUAACAGAGGUACAGAUACACCUGUCGUCUUAGAAACAAAGAUGAUAACCCAUUAACUCACAUCCACUCACUCACACAUUAAUACCAGCUCUGAUUAGCCCAGGGGUUGUAACUUCUCUUUACACAUAACUGGACACAGCACCCCUUAAUUUGAACGCCAUUCUUAUUUGUUUGUUGUUGAAGACAAUGUUUUGCAAUUCCAGUUAUAAAGACACAUGGGUCGUUGAGUGUUCACCAUGUUUUUGUUAAUCGGUGAUUUAGGCUUCAGACAUGGACCAAUCACACUGCUUUUUUGCACUCUGAUCUGUUUUCUCCUGAAAACAGAAAACAUUUACUUUAUUUUUGACUCUGUCUCUGUUUAGGAGGGGACUUGUGGACUAAUUGCAUCACCUUACUACUACAGCGUUGUUAUUGUGGUGGGGAUGUCAGUGCCAUCUUGUGGUUUCACCAAUAUUGGGGUACUUGAUGGUGGCUUUAUCCGUAAUAGCAUUGUAUUGCACAGUGGUGUAUGUGUGCGUGCAUGUGUGUACGAAUGUUUGUUGUGUAAAGUUGACUGUUUUCCAUGUUGUGGGCGUGCGUGAUUUCAUUUGUUUUCAGAUAACUAUGCAUCUCUGAAUGUGACAUUGUGGUUGAGUCAGUGUAUGUGUCAUUUUGAAUAUUUAACGUUUUUGGUUUACAUUGACUGUGUCAGGUGAGAAUGUGUAUUUAAUGUCUGACAUGUAUCAUUGAGUGAGCCAGUGUGUUUUUGUAUACCUAUACAUGUGGUAUGAUGACUUAUGUAAAAUAAUCAUGAUUUAAUUGGAUACUGUAUACAUACACGGUAAUCUCUACCUUACACAGCUUCAUGCUAAACAGUGCUUCUUCCCUGUCUAUCUUUACUGUUUCAUACUCAGACUGAAGUUUCUCCUACCUGCUUCUGCUACAAAUCACAAUAUCACUCUAAAAGUUGUAGAUCUCACAUUGCUUCCUGUUGAAUAAUGCUAUAGUAUAGUGGAGUCAACCUGCUUUUUGCUCAAUAAUACUCUAGGUCAAUCUGCAUCACUUGACUUGCUUUCAAAGUCUUUAACUGUCUCUGCUUACGUGCAUUGUGUAUGCGCUUGUAGGAAUUCAAAUCCGCCGCCACUUGAAACAGAAGUGCCGUUGCAUGGGAUGUUUGUCACUUAUUCUUGCCAUUUUCAGUUUCAUUCUAGCUAACGAGUUUGAUAUACAUUAUUAUUCAUACCUGUUUGAGAAGCCCACCAUACUAUACUUGCUAGGGAGAAUCUUAUAUACCUUUAGUUUUCAUUUAUAACAUUCAGCCAGUGAUAAAGUAUGGCAUCACUUUAAUGUGCACUAAAAGAGAAUCAACCUUCAAGUGAAAACACAUUUUGUGUAUGACUCAUUUCAUUUGUCCUUUACUGACGGGGUAAUGAAUGGCCUGUGUUACUAAUGCUGCGUAACUGUUUGUGUGUAUCAGCGUGUCUGAACAAUAUUUGAGUGUGGACAAAUGACGCAAUAGAAAAAGUGACUUCAAAAAACGUUUUUCAAGCACGUGUGUGUGCAUGUGCAAAUAAGUCAAUUGUAUAUUAUGAGGCACAGCUAGGUUUUCUUUGUAUCCCAGUUUCCCAUGUGUACUGAGGUUUCUUUGUCUGAGUAAAAUGAAGUGUCAUUCAGA